CGCAUCACAAGGGCCCGCGAGUGAAUUUGUGCCGAGCAGACAUUUGUUGUUCAGAAAGAACUGUGAUUUCGUGAGGUUUGAACUUUCUCGCCCGCGAACUACUUCGUCGUCAGCAAUAUCGCCGGACACAACAACAGGUUUCGUCGUGAUCUACACUUCGCCAUCAUACACAUAGAAGAAGCAUUCGAGAGGAGAUUGCCCAAAAUCAAGUAUCGUAUUUAUUUAGGCAUCCCACAUCAAAAGUGCUAGUCAUUCCAUACCUAGCAUACGUGUUUCCGGUUUCGAUGGUGCGUUUCGGCGUGACGUCAUUACAAGGCAAGAUUCAGCUACUCGCCACUAGCCACAGCGGCGCUGAUUGCUGCUACGUCACAGCUACGUCACACCAACGCGUCGCUUUCGCGCCUUCCCAUUGGCGCGCUCCACGACACGUGACAACAGGGCGGUAACCAACGAGGUCUCGCUACUCACCACUGUGGCGCUGAUGUACUACGUCUGUCACUUGCAGUCGCUCCUAUUGGCCGAUUUGAAAAUCGGCGGGCAACUGUGUCUGUGAUACAGAUCGAUUUAUUGGUUCGUUUGAAGACUCGCGCGUAUAAUACUGUUACUCGCGAUCGUCACCAGGGGACUCUGCAGAGCUUCGAAUACUUCCGGAAACGCCCACUUUUUUCGUCGACGACGCCAUAUUUUUUUUCUCGACAACACGUAUAGCGUAACUAGCCUGUUACAAAUAUUUUAUUUUGUAAUUGUAGCGUAUUUAGCAAGUGUACUUAGUUUCUAAGUCAUCAUAAAGUGUUUGUUUUACCAUUAUGUCUGAUUCGGAUUGUGAUAACAGCCCUAAGGCUCUAGAAGGUCUUUUACGCAAACGUGCCUCUCAGAAGGGCGUUUUGACGAAACAUUUUAAUUAUUUUCGUGACACUGAUGGUGCGGAACUCGAUCGCCAGUGCCUUUCCAUAAAGGAAGAGAGGUUGAGGGCUACGUUUGACAGAUUUGAAAAACUUAACUUGGAGAUAUGUGCGCUUAAUCCAGACGCGGACGACUGUGACGCUGUUGAAACCAAAUACUUGGAAACACUAACUCUGAUAAAACGCUUAAUGCAAAAGUUAGAUGAUAACCAGGUGGUUAGCCCUCCCCCACUGCAGACCAUGUCAACGAAGCUGCCUGAAAUAAAUGUUCCGAUCUUUGUAGGUAAGUACUCCGAGUACAAACCCUUCAUAGAAUUAUUUAACGCAUUAGUAGAUCGAAAUUCCAGCCUACAAAACGUACAAAAACUAUUUUAUUUACGUAGUUUUUUGAAGGAUGAGCCUUUUGAUCUUAUCAAAAAUUUACCUUUACAAUCUGAAAGUUAUACAGAGGCCAAAACGUUGCUAAAGGAUCGUUACGACAAUGAGUACAAAAUAACAAACGAACACAUAAACAUAUUGCUAGAUUUGAAUCCAAUUACUAAAUCAACAGCAGGUAACAUUAGGGUGUUUGUCUCGUGUGUCAAGCAACAACUUGCUUCACUAAAAAACUUGAAGCACGACAUAAAGUCCUGGGAUUCUAUACUCCUAUGCAUUCUCACUAGGAAACUAGAUGCUUAUUGUAAUAGGGAAUUUCAGCUCAUUAAGGAUAAUAAACCCUCAGUAAGCACAUUGAUUGAUUUUCUAGAACGUCGAGCCCUUGCACUUGAAAAUGCUGAGAGAACUCAGGUGCAAUUCCCCGUUUCAAAGGCUGCUCACACAGUGACAGUGAAGGACGUUGCAGGAGCCACUGUUAAGUCAGCACCGCCGCCACUUGCCUGCACACUAUGUGCUGUUGCCGUCUGAGCAUUCCACAACUGUAAGCAGCCUGUCAGAGAAUGGAGCCAGCCAGCAACUGCCGGUUCUACACACACAAUUUGGAUAUGUGAUUGCAGGGUCCAUCCCAACUAAUCAGCAUUCAAGCCAAGUAACAUCAUUAUUUUGCAAUACAUGUGACACGUCGCUUAAUGACACGCUCUCCUCGUUUUGGGAGUCUGAAAGGGUUCCUGAAUUUUUUCCAGAAAAACUCCCGGAGCAUGAGACCUGUGAGCAAAUGUUUUGUAAUUCUGUGAAUUUAGAUACACAAAAUAACAAGUUUGAAGUUGCAUUACCUCUUAAAUUACCACUAGAGUCAAUAAAUGAAACACUUGGCCAAACUUUCAACCUAGCUCUCAAAAGGUAUCUAAAUUUAGAAGCUAGAUUUCAAAGGGAUCCAGAGCUACAUAAGCUGUACUCUGAAUUUAUUCAUGAGUAUGUACAACAAGGCCAUGGUACAUUCAUAGAUAUCAGUCAAUAUAAUCUUGAUUCUGAUCCAGUUUAUUUUCUAUCACAUCACGCAAUUCUUAGACCAGACAAAAAAACAACUAAGUGUCGUGUAGUUUUUGAUGCUUCAAUGAAAAGCAACAAAAAAGUAUCACUUAAUGAUUUAUUGUUAAAUGGCCCUGUGGUGCAGAAAGAUUUGAUAGACAUUUUAUUGUUGUUUAGAACUGGUGAAUUUAUUUUUGUAACUGAUAUUAAAGCAAUGUUUAGAAAUAUAUCACUCGCCCAAAAAUAUAGAUCAUUGCAAAACAUCCUUUGGAGGGAUACCCCCAAGGAAAAUAUUCAAUGUAUACAGCUAAAUACAGUCACUUAUGGACUCAAGUCUUCCUCUUACUUAGCUACACGGUGCUUGAAGGAGUUGGCUGUCCGACAUAGGGAACAGUUUCCACUGGCUGCUCAUAUUAUUGAACACUCUACAUAUGUAGAUGAUGCCUUAGUGUCACAUGAUUCAUCGGAACUGUUAAUUGAAUCAAAAAGGCAGCUAUGCACUUUACUAGGAAUUGGAGGCUUUCAUUUGCACAAAUGGUACUCAAAUUGCACUUCAUUGUUAGAUGAUAUACCAAAAUCGCAACAACAUUUUGAUGAUAUAGAGUUAGGGAAAGAUAAUGAUGCUUCUCUAAAAACUUUGGGUAUAAGUUAUAACAUUAACACAGACUCUUUCAUGCUUUCGUCACCCAGCACUAACGAAAACAUGCCUACAACCAAGCGUGACAUUUUAAGCUUUAUUGGGAAGUUUUAUGAACCCUUGGGUUAUGCAGGGCCGAUCCUGGUAACCUCGAAAGCAAUCAUGCAACAGCUUUGGCUAGCAAAAGUAGGUUGGGAUGAAAGGCCGCCUGACGAGUUGCUAAAGGUAUGGUGUGAAUUUUUUGACAGCUUACAAGUCAUGUCACCUAUAACCAUCGCACGGCAUGUCGGUGUAUGCAACGCACGCUCUGUUCAGAUAAUAGGUUUUGCAGACGCCUCGAGCACCACAGCCUACGGGUGCUGUAUAUACCUACGUGUCACCGACCAAACAGGUAAAGUAAAAAUAUCAUUGUUAUGUUCAAGGUCGCGUGUGAACCCGAUAAGGCAAAGUCUAACUGUACCCAGACUUGAGCUCAAUGCUGCAGUAAUGCUUGCAAAACUGGUCGUCAGAGUGUAUGACACGUUGCAUCAUAAAUUAAACAUAGAUGAUGUUCACUUGUACUCGGAUUCACAAAUAGUCCUAGCAUGGAUUAAAACCAAUAUAACAUCGCUUAAUACAUAUGUGGGAAAUCGAGUGAAGGUCAUCACACAGCUUACUCACCAGUACCGCUGGUCUUACAUCCGCUCAGAGGAUAACCCCGCUGACUGUUUAAGCAGAGGAGUCCUACCCAGCGAGCUGCACAAUCAUCCUCUGUGGUGGGAAGGCCCAGAGUUUUUGCAUAAAGGUGAGUAUACAUUAAUGGAUAUGCCUCAAUUACCGGUUCCCGGCGAACUACCUGAAAUUAAGGCUUGUACAGUAUUUUCGGGCUCUUUGGUUUGUAUGGUCUCUAGUACAAAUGAACAACUUUUACAGCUAGAUUUUCUAGACAAGUACUCUGAUAUAAACAAAAUGCAACGCAUUUUGGCUUACAUACUACGUUUUAUUCAAAAUGUGAGGUCAAAUAGCGCAAAAAAUAAUUUAAAUUAUAUAUCCAGUAAAGAAUUAAAUGACUCAUUGUUGUUGAUAAUUAAAUAUGAACAGCAAAAAUACUUGAAGGAAGACAUUCAUAAUUUAAAGUGUAAGCAAAGUAUUUUAAAGGGUAAUUUAAAACCACUGUGUCCAUUCCUUGAUAACAAAGGUCUAGUUAGAGUAGGAGGUCGUUUGGAAAACUCAUCGAUGCCCUAUUCACAAAAACAUCCUGUUGUUUUGCCACGUGAUUCCCGCGUGACACAUUUAAUUAUCCACGCCGAGCAUAUUAAAAAUCUACAUGCUGGCCCUAGGAUUGUUUUGUCAACUAUUAAUCAAAGGUUUUGGAUAGUUCAUGGAAUGAGAGAGAUUAAAAAAGUCUUACACAAAUGUAUAACUUGUUUCAAACUGAAAGCUAAUUCAGCGAAACAAUUAAUGGGCACGCUUCCACAUGAUAGAGUCAACGCUUGUAGGCCAUUCCAAAAGGUAGGUCUAGAUUUUGCAGGUCCAAUAAUUAUUAAACAAUCUAGGAUCAGAAGGUCGUUAGAAACAAAAGCGUAUGUUUGUGUGUUCGUUUGUUUCGUAACUAAGGCUAUUCAUUUAGAGCUAGCUUCUGAUUUAAAAACUGAAACCUUUUUGGCUUGUCUAAAACGAUUUAUUUCGCGUAGAGGUGUUCCUACUGACAUCUAUAGCGACAAUGCGUCAACUUUUAGGAGCGCAAGUAGUCAAUUAAAUAAUUUAUAUAAAUUGCAAAGCUCAAAUGAACAUCAAGCGAAACUUCAUGCUUUUUCAUCUCAAAGAGGUAUAACUUUCCAUUUUGUCCCUUGUUAUUCUCCAACAUUCGCAGGGUUAGCUGAAGCAGGUGUCAAAAGUAUGAAGUUCCACUUGAAAAGGGUUGUACAAACGGCAAUACUUACCUAUGAAGAAUUAAACACAGUUCUUUGUCAAAUAGAAUCUAUUUUAAAUAGCAGACCUCUAAUACCACUUUCAAGUGAUAUAAAUGAUUAUUCUUGUCUCACACCUGGUCACUUCCUUAUAGGUACAGCGUUAAACGCAUACCCUGAAUCUGGUGAGCCUGUUGUCAUUGUUAAUAGAUUGAAGUUCUGGAAGCAGUGUAGUAAUAUCACUAACUCUUUUUGGAAAGUGUGGAGCAAACAAUAUCUUAACAUUUUGCAGACGCGUUCCAAAUGGAGAGAUAUCCAACCUAACGUUCAAGUAGGUACACUUGUGUUGCUUAAGGAGGACAGCACUGCCCCUAUGCAGUGGCCACUUGCUAGAGUCAUUCAAACGUUUCCCGGUAAUGACAACAGAGUUAGAGUAGUAGAGGUACAAACUGCAAAUGGUAGAACUCAUAAACGGUCAGUUGUAAAAAUAUGCCCACUUCCAAUAGAAUAACCAAGUAAUUGUAUUAGUUAUAAGAUAGCAUAAUAUAGUUAUAAGCUGUUUAUAUGUGUGUAUUAAAAAUAUAAUUUACUUAGUAUUAAGUUACUUUUUGCUACAUAGUAAAUUUAAAGAGUAAAAUUACCUUAAGCUUACCUUUGUGUGUGGUUUUUAUUCUAUGAUAAGAAAGUAUUAUUUUAAAUUAAGGCUAAAUGUUCCUAUUGUUGAUUAUUCUUGUGUUAUAGGCUAACAUGCAGCUUUUUGUUUUUCCCUUUAGGUGGGAUAUUGCUGUUCUCAGCAGCAAAUAAGUAAUCACAAUAAUAUUGUGUCAUCUCAUUGCUUAUCUGUAAGCUAACAUUGCAUUGUAUAGAUAGACACUAGGUUUGUAAAAUUAAAACUCAUAACGUUAUCAUUUCUCUUCAUGAUUUAUUGCUAUUAUACAUAGGUAUAAAAUAAACACAGGUUUGGUAAAAUAAUACUAUUUCAAAAGUUGUUUUAUAUUCAUUUAAAUUCAUCUUUUGGUUUAAUGUUGUAUUAAAAUUUUGCUUUCCUUGACUAAAUGUACCUAGUAUUUUUCAAAAAUAGAUUUACAUUCAAAAGUUCAGAUUACCUAUAGUAUUGUGUUCAAAUAUUUUCCUUUUUUUUGACAUUAAAUUCUUAGGUUUUCAUUGCUGCGGCUGGCAGUAUGUUGGCAUCCCCAACAUUUUAGUUUUAAUUAUUAUUUUAGUAUGGCAAUACUGUGAAAACUCUCUCCUUCUUCU